AACAAUGUAAGGUAUCUUCAUUCAGUUCAACUACUAUCAAUAAACUUCAUCCUUCCUCCUUCCUCCUUCCUUUUCGCGAUUUUAUUCUUAUUUUCCCACUAUCUCGUAGAAAAUAUGGGUUCUCUAGCUGAGACCAAUGCUGCGACAGGGAGGACAACCGUGCAUCGUUUAAUAGCUGAGGAAGGAUCAGUAUUGAUGCCGGGUAUCCAAGAUGCCUUCUCCGCUGCCAUUUGUGCCAAAACCGGCUUCAAAGCUUGCUUUGUCUCUGGUUUUGGUGUUUCCGCCGCCCUCCUUGGCUUGCCAGACUUUGGCUUGCUCACAACCGCAGAAGUUGUGGAGACUGUAAGCAGAAUUACCGCUGCUGCUCCAAGUUUGUGCGUCGUUGUUGAUGGAGACACCGGAGGUGGUGGCCCCCUUAAUGUGCAAAGGUUCAUUAAGCAGUUGAUUGCUGCUGGUGCCAAGGGAGUCUUUCUUGAGGAUCAAGUGUGGCCAAAGAAGUGUGGUCAUAUGCGUGGUAAGAGUGUUGUACCUGCUGAGGAGCAUGCCCUUAAAAUUGCAGCAGCAAGAGAAGCCAUUGGUGAUUCUGAUUUCUUCUUGGUAGCAAGGACUGAUGCUAGAGCACCCCAUGGUCUUCAAGAAGCCAUUAGACGCGCUAACCUUUACAGAGAGUCUGGAGCUGAUGCCACCUUUGUCGAGGCACCAGCUAACAUCGAUGAGCUCAAUGAGGUUGUGAAUGGUGUCAAAGGUUUGAGAAUCGCAAACAUGAUCGAAGGUGGAAAGACCCCAUUGCACACACCAGCAGAGUUUAAGGAAAUGGGAUUCCACUUGAUUGCUCAUUCACUAUCAACAAUCUAUGCUACAACCAAAGCUUUGGUUGAAAUUAUGAAGGUUCUUAAGGACAAGGGUACCACUAGGGAUGAUUUGGACAAAAUCGUUACAUUCUCCGAAUUUAAUGACAUGAUUAGCUUGGAAUCUUGGUAUGAGAUGGAAUCAAAGUUCAAGAACUUCACCCCAAAAUCAUUGGAAUCCUAAAGAAGUGGUUAUCUUGGUCCAAGUUGAUUAUUUCAUAAUACAAGAAUUGAAAUUCAAACACGCUAUUAUGUGAAUUAGUUUGCCAAAUAAUGGCAAUAGAAUUUGUGAGUUGAUUUUAAUUCAUGUCAUUGUUACUUAUUUGAUAUUUGUUUAAAAUAAAAAUGCAUUUGAGUAAUGUUGUAAGCUUGAUUACUAGAAUGAAAGCGAGUUUAGAUGCAUUGUAAUCUUUUAUUCUUGUUCAAAAUAGUAAAAUACAACCUAGAGUUGUCUUUUCAUAUGAAAUGAAUAAAUUAUUGUUACCAAUUUUCUUUA